CAAGGCUCGUGGUGUCGCUUGUCACCGUGGACUCUGUGGUGGUCUGCCACUAUAGGGCCGGUGCCCGUGUCCACGUAGGCCUGGUGCCAGCUUGCGGAGGUGGCAGGAUGUGUGCUCCUUGGAAAGUUGGGGCCCAGCCUGUUUAGGCCCAGGGGCGGGGCGGUCUCAAAUUUGUUUUGUCUUCUGCUUAAGGACACCCCAUCUGUCACUGAAGGGAAACUGAGGCCUCUUCUGACCGCCCCGGGUGUCAGGAGCUCACAAUUUGAGACCAGAGGAGAUGCGCUGAGGCUUGCUGUCCCCUUAAAGGGCCACUCAGAAGGGAUCGCCAGGAAUGCCCAGAGUUCCAUUGGAGCUAUUUGGAAGGGAAAGUUAAGAAAAUGAGGCAGAAGGAAGUGUUAGCCAAGACCUUCCAAGGCCCAGCUGUUGUCUGUAGGACUCCAAGCAGCCAUGUUUACAUGUUCAAGAAUGACAGUGGAGACUCUGGGGACUCCUCUGAGGAAGAGUCACACCGUGUGGUGUUACGACCUCGGGGCAAGGAGCGCCAGAAGAGCAGCAGCCAACACCCGCAGCAGCCCGGAACCAACAACAUGGUGCUGCUGCAGCGCGAGCUGGCCCAGGAGGACAGCCUCAACAAGCUGGCUCUCCAGUAUGGUUGCAAAGUUGCAGAUAUCAAGACGGUGAACAACUUCAUCAGAGAACAAGACCUGUAUGCUUUGAAGUCAAUUAAGAUUCCAGUGAGGAAUCACGGCAUCCUCACAGAGAACCACCAAGAACUAACGCCCCUGGGGCCCCCGUCUUCCAAAACCAGAGUGACAGUGGUCGAACUGCCAGAAGAUGAAGAUAGCACCGGGGCAGCUGCUCAGGGCAACCAGCUGACAGACUUCUUCAAGGGAAUUGAUGAGAACAUUGAGCGGGCUGUGCAGUCCGACGUCUUCCACACGGACAGCUGCUGUGUGGAGGCCCCAGGUCAGCCGCUGCUCCCCACAGCCCAGAAGCCAGCGGCUGAUGGCGCAGACUGUGGGAUCCCCUGGUGGAACGCCGUCUUCCUUAUGCUGCUCAUCGGGAUUGUGCUGCCAGUCUUCUAUCUCGUCUACUUUAAGAUACAAGCCACCGGGGAGGCCCCAAGUAGCUUGAAUGCAACUGUCGUCCCCAACAGCUCGACGACACUGAGCCCUGUUCCAGGGCAAGCCCACAGGUUGGCAGUUCCAAUGCCCACCAUCUCUGCUUCAGACAGCAAGGUCGGCCCAACCACCCAGGCAGGGGCCUAAGCUCCUUUUUUUUUCCCCCCUAGAAUCAGCAGGCUUUGGCCAUCGGUUGAUGUAUGUCGCUGUCGCCAGCUGUUUGCUGGGGGAUGCUGCAUUUUGUUUCCUGAGGUGUAUGGACAGUUACAGAAGUUACCAUGACGAUCUGGAUUGUAUGCCCUGAGGAAUGGGCUGGCCUAACCCCAAGGAUGCAGGAGCCCAGACGUCCACCACCCCAGCAAGAGAGACAUUUACAUGAAAUUCAUGCCACUUUCCCAAGACACGUAGGGCCUGGCAGUGUCUGUACAGCCAUUCUGUGAGGGCUCCUAAGUAGAACGUGACAAAGGGUCUGCAGUAGGGGUGUCCCCGGUGUUGGGUGGGCUCAGAUGACUGUCGCAGUGUCCCUGCCUCCUAAGGGGAGAGGUGAGCUGAGAGACAUGUCCUGUGUCUGGAUAAACUAAGGUGCUACGCAGUAUGUCACUGAGUUGUAGAGUACAAGUCACCGUUGUGACAGCCUGGUUGUUUGCCUCCUCACUUGCCUCCACUGAAGGCCGUGCCACUUGAGAAGUGAGAAAGCCUUGAAUCCAAGCUGCCGUCCUCUGAUUUAGG